GCCGGAGGUGGAUCUUAGAAAAAACAAUUCCGUCUUCUCCAAAUUAUUCUAAUGAGACAGUUGUAUUUCUCGUCGUGAUCUGAUUUCUAGCUCUGUGCUGUAUCAUGGGAUGGGAUAGCUCAGUGUUUUUGAUUUUCUUGAGCAUAAAAGUGGAGAUGUUAAAUUGCCCAGGAAUUUGUUGCUUGACGCUGUUCAUCUGGAGCUAUGUUCGUUGCAAAUAAUAUGUUGCUUGAGAGUGGGUAAAGGAGAUUUUACCUAGAGAAAAAUAAGCGGUAUUUAAAAAGCAGAACAGAGGGUUUUCGUCGCAACCGUAUGAUCAUCGCCGUUACCUUAACUUUUGGCCACUGUCGCUAAGAUGAGCGCUCACCCUUUUGACCGUGAACAUCGAGUCCGGAGCACGUUGAAGAAGGUCUUUGGGUUUGACUCUUUUAAGACACCUUUACAGGAGAGUGCGACCAUGGCUGUAGUGAGAGGUGACAAGGAUGUCUUUGUGUGCAUGCCCACGGGGGCAGGAAAAUCCCUCUGCUAUCAGCUCCCUGCUCUGUUGGCCAAAGGCAUCACCAUUGUAGUCUCUCCACUCAUUGCUUUGAUUCAGGACCAGGUGGACCACUUGUUGGCCCUGAAGGUACGAGUGAGUUCCUUGAACUCCAAGCUCUCAGCACAGGAGAAAAAGGAGCUGCUUUCUGAUCUAGAGCGAGAAAAGCCACAGACCAAACUUCUGUACAUCACACCAGAGAUGGCAGCCUCACCCUCCUUCCAGCCCACCCUGAACUCACUGGUGUCCCGCCACCUGCUCUCCUACCUGGUGGUGGAUGAAGCUCAUUGUGUUUCUCAGUGGGGGCACGACUUCCGUCCUGACUACUUGCGUCUGGGUACCCUCCGUUCCCGCCUAGCACAUGCCCCAUGUGUAGCUCUGACCGCCACAGCCACUCUCCAAGUCCAAGAGGAUGUGUUUGCUGCCCUCCACCUGAAGCAACCAGUUGCCACCUUCAAGACUCCCUGCUUCCGGGCCAACCUCUUCUAUGAUGUGCAGUUCAAAGAACUGCUUUCUGAUCCCUAUGGGAACCUGAGGGACUUCUGCCUCAAGGCUCUUGGACAGAAGGCUGAUAAAGGGUUGCUGUCUGGCUGUGGCAUUGUUUACUGCAGGACCAGAGAGGCUUGUGAACAGCUGGCAACAGAGCUCAGUUACAGAGGUGUGAAUGCCAAGGCUUACCACGCAGGGCUGAAGGCUUCUGAAAGAACGCUGGUGCAGAAUGAGUGGAUGGAGGAGAAGGUGCCUGUCAUUGUUGCAACCAUUAGUUUUGGGAUGGGAGUGGACAAAGCCAAUGUCAGGUUUGUCGCCCACUGGAAUAUUGCCAAGUCUAUGGCUGGGUACUAUCAAGAGUCUGGCCGGGCAGGCAGAGACGGGAAGCCUUCCUGGUGCCGCCUCUAUUACUCCAGGAAUGACCGGGACCAAGUCAGUUUCCUGAUCAGGAAGGAAGUAGCAAAACUCCAGGAAAAGAGAGGGAACAAAGCAUCUGAUAAAGCUGCUAUCUUGGCCUUUGAUGCCCUGGUCACCUUCUGUGAAGCAUUGGGGAAACAGAGCCGCGAGAGUGGUUCCUCUGGAGUCACACAGCAGGACAAGGGCCUGGCCAGGCUCCCCUGCUACCGCAUGCUGUCUCUCCUGGAGGCCUGUCUUAGGCAGCCUGCUCUCUGGCUGGCAAGGUGCCGCCAUGCUGCCAUUGCCAAGUACUUUGGGGAUGCGCCCCCUGCCUGCACCAAGGGCUGUGACCACUGCCGGGACCCUGCAGCCCUGCGGAAGCAACUGGAUGCCUUGGAGCGCAGCAGCAGCUGGAAUAAGACUUGCAUCGGGCCUUCCCAGGGGAAAGGCUUUGACCCUGAGCUGUAUGAGGGAGGCCGUCGGGGCUAUGGGGGCUUCAGCAGGUAUGAUGAAGGUUCUGGAGGCAGUGGGGACGAGGGCAGAGACAAGGCCCACAAGCAGGAAUGGAAUCUCUUCUACCAGAAACAGAUGAGCCUACGCAAGGGCAAAGACCCCAAGAUAGAAGAAUUUGUACCCCCAGAUGAGGACUGUCCCCUGAAAGAGGCUUCUAGCAGGAAGAUCCCCAGACUCACUGUGAAGGCCCGUGAGCACUGCCUGGGGCUUCUGGAGGAGGCUCUGAGCAGUAACUGCCAGGCCACAAGUACCACCCAUGGCCCUGAUCUCCAGGCCAAGGCUGUGGAGCUGGAACAUGAGAUGUUCCGAAAUGCCAAGAUGGCCAACCUGUACAAGGCCAGCGUGCUGAAGAAGGUGGCUGAGAUCCACAGAGCCUCCAAGGAUGGGCAGCUCUACGAUGUGGAAAGCAAUACCAGGAGUUGCAGUAUGCAUGCCCAGCCCCCAGAGCCCACUGAGUAUGACAUCCGGCCAGCCUCCCAGGUGUACUCUCUCAAACCUAAGCGGGUGGGAGCUGGUUUCCCCAGGGGCUCCUGCCCAUUUCAGACAGCCACUGAACUGAUGGAGAAGACUCAGGCCGAGGAUCGAGCCCCCCAGCCUGUGCAGGGAGGUGAGCGAGAGCCCCCCAGCCAGCCUUGUGGCCUCCAGGAUGAGGACUGCAGCAAGGCCCUCCCUGGGCCCAGAGCAGAGGCUCCUGGAAGCAGUGUUCAUUGUGGAGGAUCCUCCCCUGAGAGGACGGGGAAAAGCCCCUCCAAGGGUGGUCCCCUUGCCAAGGCCCGGACCAGUAAGAAGCAGCAGCUCCUAGUCGCAGCGGCCCUCAAGGAUUCUCAGAACAUCACCCGCUUCUGCCUAAGGGCCAAGAGCCCGUCCCCCCUCACCUCAGCCCCAGGGGCGGAAGAUGCCGGCCCUGGCCCUUCGUGUGAGGGAAUGCGGGGACCCCCAGCAGCCCCAGAAAAGUGCGCAGGGGAGGAGGAUGGAGCCCUGGGGUGUUUGGCUGCGCACCCCCAGACCAAGGAGUGUACCAGGGAGAGGCCAAGAGCCUGCACACUUGGAGACCAGGGGUCCCCUGAAGGCCAGCCCAUCCCCACAGAGGAGACCCCCAGGGGCAAGCGGCCCAGACCCCAGCAGGAGAACCUAGAGAACCAGACUCAGAAGAGGACUCGUCUCUCAGCCAAUGCCUCCGUCUUAGCUGAGGCCAAGGACGGCGUCCCGGCCUGGAAUCAGGACACCUUGAACCCCACGGCCCAAGGCUCCUGCCUUCUCCCAGCCCCUGGCAUCUCUCUUAAGGAGGCUGCAAACGUUGUGGUCAAAUGCCUGACCCCUUUCUACAAGGAGGGCAAGUUUGCAUCCAAGGAAUUGUUUAAAGCCUUCGCCCGCCACCUCUCACACUCGCUGACUCAGAAGGCCUCUCCUGGAAGGAGUGUGAAGGAAGAAGCCCAGACUUUCAUCAAGCAGUUUUUUCACGGUCGGGCCCGGUGCGAGAGUGAAGCUGACUGGCAUGGCCUGUGUGACCCACAGAGAUGACCAGCUCUGCCCACCAGGGCCAGAGUGCUCCCCGAGCCUCAGCUGUAGGAAAGCCUGCAGCUGUUGGGGCGUCAUUUUCUUCAGGAUCCAUACCUUGCUUUGGAGACGGCGCUAGACUCUUUCCAAAUCGAGGCGAGAGGCCAGCCACUCUGCCUGCAAGGUCUCGGGUCAUCUUCUCCUUACUUCCCUAACUCUCUGGGCUGGGUUUUCUGAACCAGAUCACCAGAUUAGAAGGGGGUGGGGUGGGGUGGCUGCUGCCAGGGGAACAGGAGGAAGGAGUGGUCUGUGUACCGCUUUUACUUAACAAAUUGUAGACCAGACCCCUGUCCAAGGUUUUGGGCUGUCUCAGGAAGAGCCCUGCUGGCCUCAGGUCCUUGACCCACUACCCCUUUCCCUAGUGAUGCCAGCUUCCAGCCUGGCCCCAGGUGCAGAGUUCGGGAGGAGGGCAGCAGCCAGGCCUUGCUCUCUGCUCAGUUCCUGGGUCAGGAAGGCCGAGCCGGAUGGAGAUUUAGCAGAGAAAUAAAAUCCUGUUGGUUUUGACACACACACCACCUCCCAAAACACAGCCUUUUUCU